AUGUUCAAACCUCUUGGCGGACUCCUAUGGAGUCUACUUCUGAGCAGUCUCGCCCAUGACAAUGCUGGACGAGCUCCUUCAAUAUCACCACGGACUAUGAAGCACAUGUGCCCGAGACCGGUGUUACGAGACAACGCAAUCAGCACCUCGAUCCACUAUCACGGCCUUCGCAUGCUCAACGCCAACACUCAAGACGGUGUCAACGGGGUUACCGAAUGCCCCAUUCCUCCUGGAAGCAGAAAGACCUACACAUUCCUCGCCAACCAGUACGGCACAGCAUGGUACCAUUCUCACUUCCCGCUCCAGUACGGAAACGGUGUUCUUGGACCCAUCGUCAUCAAGGGACCCGCAUCCGCCGACUACGACACCGAUCUUGGACCACUCGUUCUCUCGGACUGGUACUAUGGUUCCGUUUUCGAGAUUGCCCACCGCGUCAACAAUCCCAGCAAUCCCUUCAUUCCCAACUUUCCCGGCUCACCUCCUGCCAGCGACAAUGUUCUCUUCAAUGGCCGUAACAUCAACCCCGACGGCUCCGGUGGUACCUACACCCGCAAGACCCUGACCAAGGGCAAGAAACACCUCCUUCGACUCAUUAACACUUCCCUCCAAAACGCCUUCACCGUCAGUCUUGUAGGGCACACCUUCCAAGUUGUUGCCACCGACAUGGUCCCCAUCAAGCCCAUCACGCGCAACCAUCUCUUCCUCGGCAUUGGCCAGCGCUACGACGUCAUCAUUAAUGCCAACCAGCCGACUGCCAACUACUGGUUCAACGUGACCUUCUCCGCCCUACCCUGCGGCCAAUCCGACAACCCUUACCCAGCCGCCAUCUUCUCUUACUCCGGCGCCUCCUCCGCCUCCCUGCCCACACAACGCGGCGUCGCCCCUCCAGACUCCCGCUGCGCCGCACCCGAACGAGAUUACUCGCCUAUCGUCUCCCGUUCCGCGGACGUCAACUCCUUUGCGCCCACUACAUCCCACACCCUCAAUGUCGAUUUGACGGUAGACAAUUCCCAAGCCCGCGUCUUCUGGCCCGUCAACAACUCGCCGCUGCGCGUGAACUGGCAGGAACCCACGCUGCGCUACGUAGCGAACAACACCCUCUCUUCUGUCCCGCGCUCUCGCAACUUGAUCCAAAUCCCCGGGUCUAAUACCUUGACGUACUUUUUGUUGCAAAAUAACUCGCCCAUCCCGCAUCCUAUCCACCUCCAUGGCCACGACGUCAUGAUCCUCGGUAGCUCCCCGCCCCUAGCUGAUCCGCUGGCGGAGACGCAGAUAAGGGAGUAUAACCCCAAUACGGAUAAGUCCACCUUGAAGGGAAACAAUCCCCCGAGGAGAGACACUACAAUGUUGCCGGCUUGGGGAUGGUUGCUGGUGGCUUGGAGGACGAACAAUCCUGGGGUGUGGCUGUUUCACUGUCAUGUGGGGUGGCAUGUUAGUCAGGGGCUGGGGGUGCAGGUGUUGGAGAGGCUGGAUGCUUUGAGGGAUGGGGGUGGGGGAAGUUUGGGGACGGUUGAACAGAAUUGUGGGAAUUGGGCGGGUUGGUACCCGGGAAGUACGUGGAAGCAGGAUGAUGCUGGGUUGUAG